GCAGGAAUUGUCGGCUUACCCUCCUUGCCGGCGGCUGCUGUCCCCGAGGCGGGGGGAGCCCGAGAGGGCGCGGGCCCCGCAUGCCGAGCAAAGUGAGGUCGACUCUGCUUGAACCUGUUUGGCAGGCGUCACGUUGGUGUCCAAAACACGAUUGACGCCUCGAAGUCUAGAUUUCACUGCCCUUUUGACGGACUUCUGAUUUUUCUUGUAUAUUGGGAGUAGAUUCCCCGCCCCUCUUCGAAACAUCUUUUUGUAAUUGUUACCGGUGGAAGCUUGCCCUGUGUCAAUGGAAGUCCCUCUUCUUGGAUUCCCCACAAGAGAUUGAAUACGUGAGGAUCCGCGGUGUGGAAUAAAGACAAUGAGAAGAAAGGGAUUUUGUAUUGGAAGACAUGGAUCUCGCCGCCAGUGAGCUCAGCAUUUAUGACAAACUUUCAGAGACUGUUGAUUUGGUGAGACAAACAGGCCAUCAGUGUGGCAUGUCAGAGAAGGCAAUUGAAAAAUUUAUCCGACAGCUCCUGGAAAAGAAUGAACCUCAGAGGGGGCCACCCCAGUAUCCUCUCCUGAUAGCUAUGUAUAAGGUCCUUGUAACCCUGGGAUUAAUCUUGCUCACUGCCUACUUUGUGAUUCAACCUUUCAGCCCAUUACCACCUGAACCAGUGCUUUCUGGAGCUCACACCUGGCGCUCACUCAUCCAUCACAUCCGGCUGAUGUCCUUGCCCAUUACCAGGAAGUAUAUGCCAGAAAACAAGGGAAUUCCUCUGCAUGGGGGUGAUGAAGACAGACCCUUUCCAGAUUUUGACCCUUGGUGGACAAACAGCUGUGAGCAGAAUGAGUCGGACCCCGUCCCUGCCAACUGCACUGGCUGUGCCCAGAAAUUACCCCUCAAGGUAAUGCUCUUGGAAGAUACCCCAAAGAAAUUUGAGAGACUCCAUCCUCUGAUGAUCAAGACCGGACAGCUCUUGUUGUCCAAGGAGCUUCAGCAUCUUCUGUGCCAGUACCCUGAGGUCACGGAAGGUUUCAGCGAAGGGUUUUUCAACAAGUGGUGGCGCUGCUUUCCCGACCGGUGGUUCCCAUUUCCUUAUCCGUGGAGAAGACCUCUAAAUAGAGCACGCAUUUUACGUGAGCUUUUUCCUGUUUUCACCUACCUGCCAUUUCCAAAAGAUGCCUCCUUAAAAAAGUGCUUCCUUCUUCAACCGGAACCUAUUGUGGGUAGUAAGAUGUAUAGGAUGCAUGACCUGUUCAUCGUUGGCAGCGGUGAGGCCAUGUUGCAGCUCAUUCCUCCUGCCCAGUGCCGAAGACACUGCCAGUCGGUAGCAAUGCCCCUAGAGCCAGGGGAUAUUGGUUAUGCCGGUGCCACACACUGGAAGGUCUACGUGAUAGCCAGAGGGGUCCAGCCUUUGGUCAUCUGUGAUGGAACCACCCUCUCAGAACUAUAGGAAACAAGAACUGGACAGAGGAACAACUUCGAGAGCUGGAGAUCAGAUUGAAAGGGGAGAAAUAAAAACGAUGAAACCACUUUCCAAGGUCACUUAGUUACCUGCCCUGUGCAUGCGUGUAUGAGCCAGCCAUAUGCUGGAGGCCAUGGCCAGAGCCUGGCCCUCCCGACUCUUCCAGUCUAGUUGCUUGGCCAAGACUUUGCCAGUACCUACCUGUGAGGGAUUGGGCUCUUCUAUCUUCCACACCUUUUGGAACCGCAGCCUUGAGGCUGCCCCUCAAGCAGGAAACAGGAUUGGUGCCUUCCCUUACUUGCAUGGCAUGAUCCCUUCUGCUGGCUCCCUGGCCACAGAGAGGGCUGCCCGCAGGUCCAGACUUCAAAGCCGUCCCUCACCAGGUGGUCCUGCUUGUCCUGUCUUCCUGGCCACACCACCCUGUACUUCUGUUGAAAGCCAUGGCUGAUUAAAGAAGUCAUUGCAGUUUCCCCAGCAGCACAGAAUCUAGAAUCCAUGAAACAGGAUUAAGUAAUCUCAUUGCACUCAAGAAAAGCACCGCUUUCCUAGUGUCCAUGACUCUUGGAGUUUCAGUGAUGCCAGGUUGGAGUGUGAUUAUAAUUGAAAUGGUAAUUCCUAAGGUAAUACUUGCCUCCAUUUGAUCAAGUUCUUAGGCCGACCCCCACCCCCACCCCUUCUCACUUGGCUCGCAGAAGCUGGACUCCCCGUCCUCCCUCGCUGGCAGGUCUAGAGCCCUGGACUGUUGAGGCGGCACAGCUUCUGUCAGCUGGGUUGGUUUACCAAGUGUCUUCGGAGGGGAUGAGUUAGAGUCCUGGCCUGGGGAGAGGGUGCCUCCCCGGGUUUGAUCUUUUAGGGUCCAGCUUUCUGCAGGGGAGAUGUUUUACAGAUGUGUCAAGCUGAUGUUGUAAUAUGGUUGGGGAAGGAACUCCAGACCCAACGUGUUUGCCAGCUGGGUGUGCAACUCUGGGAUCCUCUGUCUUGAAAUCAUUUCUUUCUCCUGGGAAACAAGGUGAGGUAUUUUUAUCGUUUGUAAAAAUAUAAAGCUAUGUUCUUUCAGUUGGGUGAUUCCCUAUGCUCAUUGUUUUCUCCCAAGUGCUUUUAAUAUGUAUUAAUCAAAUGGUAUAAAUAAGGGCAUACUUUUCUUCCUCUUUUUUCCCCCCUUUAUUCACUUCCUUUAUUGAUGCUGCUAUUUUGAUACCUGGCCUCUAGUCACGCUGUCGCCAAGCUGAAGAAAAAAGCCUGACUAUGGCCCUUGGUUCUGAAUCGCAGGAAUCAGAUGAGUACAGGGUUCAUGGCAGAGUGGAUCAGAGGCAGACAGUGGCGAGAGAAGUGGUGUGACUCCUUGCAGGAUCCUUACUCUGCAUCCUUGGAGGUGGCCUUGGACCUUAUCCCUGGGCUCUCUGUUAGCACAUCUCCUGAGUGGCGUUGGGGAUCAACAAGGCACUGAAAGUCUUGUUUGUAGGCCUGUAAAGGACAAGAAUGGUUCACAGAGCUCAGGGUGGAACUAAUUGGCCUCUAUGGACUUGAGUGAAAUUAGGAUAAAUGGUACCUGAGGGAAUUUUUCCUUAAACAAGUCUGUGCCUUGUGUGGGUUAAUACAGGCAAAACAAAAUUUUUUGUAGAUACAAAAGUCAUGCUGCUAAGCAGUUAUGAUUUAAGAGGUUUUAUUUCAGAGGGAUCAUCUUGAGGCCAGCUUUGCGCAAGCUUUUAGGCCUUUGCAGUGUCCUUACCCCUGCUGCGCAUGGAGAAGAAUUAUAUGUAAACAAGUUCUUCAGAGUUUUCUUCGUUUGGGCCCUUUGGGUUAACAAACGAGAGGGUUUCCUAGAAGAAAAAGAAACUUUUGGUGACUGAGAUUUCUGUUUUGUCUUUAUGAAUUAUUACCCUGUGUUCCUUCUCCAUUUCACUCCUGCCCUUCAUACCUUCAAUGUUCAUAAAAUAUCCGCUUCAGCUCAAAACUUUGAAAACUGAGAAACCCUUGUAUGUGUUGCUGUUCUGAGGUCUCUCCUGGAAAGUCCCCUAAGCCCCUGAGCUGUCUACAGUUCAACCAAAAAAAUGGUGUAGCAACAAAGAAGCAGAGAUUUUCGUGCAUUUCCUACUCUAAACUUAAAAUCUAUCCUGUUCAGAGUUGAAGGUCAGUUUCUGUUAAGGGGGGAAUUUUCUGAAGAGAGUUUUCCCCUCUUAAUUACUGGAUACGUAGAAGUAAUUUGCCUUCUUCUCAAGGCAGUUCUGACAAGCAGAAUACAGGAAUGGCUUCCCUCAGGAAUGGCCUAAUUGGCAGCCCGAGGCCUUGUGUGAGGGUGCUGCUCACCUAGCUCUCGGCUUUUUGGGGAAGUGACGGAAGUCCCUCCAUGUCAUCCCGUGUGCAGAAGAGUCAUCAAGAUGAGGUGGAAGGGUGGGGGGCAAGUAUACUUGUCCGAUAUUGGUAACACAUUAUACCUGUUCAGGCUUAUAAAAAGAGGCAGAACUUACCCUCUCCCCACUCUCAAUUUGUUUAGGGAAGGGAGGGAG